UCCUUGGAGUCCCCCCCACCCCCUGCGCACACUGAUGGAGUCCCCCUACAAGCAGCACAGCCCUCGAGGCAGUCUUCAGAGUGACAGCGCAGGCCAGUUUGGGGUCAGAGUCCAAGUCCAAGGAAUAAAAGGUCAUCCAUAUGUGGUUGUGAACAACGGUGCCAAAGAUCCCUGUUGCUCUGGCAGCCAGGAGUGUCUCAGGGAUGUUUCUGUCGUAGGCCUCCAGUCUGAGAACGGCCUUGCCAUGGUAAGGGGGUCCCCACUGGGCAGUCCCUCAUGGGAUAGAAGAUCAGCUCUUAAACAGGGUCAGUAUGGCUCUCAGGGAGAGUUCCCAAGAUCCCCGACUGUGUUUCAUUAUCAGAGGUAUCCAGAGUUACUCCGCCCGUACGACCCUGAUAACAGCUUCCCAGCUCCAUCUCCCACUCAUAUGGGACAUUCACACAUGAUCCCAAAGUUUAGAGAUGCCCAGGCAAGGAUGCCCAAAGCCAGGAUCCCCCUACCAGCUGAGGGCUCAGUGGAAGCCGAUAGCCAGCCCCAGAGCCAGCCCCAGAGCCAGCCCCAGAGCCAGCCCCAGAGCCAGCCCCAGACCCAGAGCCAGAGCCAUCCCCAGAGCCAGCCCCAGACCCAUCGCCAGACCCAGCCCCAGCCCCAGACCCAGCCCCAGAGCCAGCCCCAGAGCCAGCCCCAGAGCCAGCCCCAGAGCCAGCCCCAGAGCCAGCCCCAGAGCCAGCCCCAGAGUCAGGCUUUUACCCCGGGCAGGGCUCCCAGAGACCAGGCCGAGGCCACCCGGAUGUCCCCCAGCUCUCUGGAGCCUGAGCCCAUCCCCUCAGUGGGGAGGUUGAUAGACCAGUUUGACAGGCCACAGAGGAGGGGCCGCUGUGGUCGCAGGGGCAGGAUCGACCCGGAGGACCAGAGGAGAUCGCGCAGUGUGGACAGCAGCCAGCCGUCCAACCCCUCCAGCCUGUCUGCCAUCAGGGGGGAGACCCCAGGGGGAUCCAGUGUCCCCGGGUCUCCCAGGGCUAGGUUCUUUACUGGAGAGGUGCCCAUGCUGGCUCACAGAAGAGGAGACAGCAAGUCCACCACGCUGCUUUUCAGAGGACAGGAAGACAAGGAGCAACCUUCUCCCAGAGCAGUUAAAGUGCUGUACCGAGGGGACAAACCCUCCCUGUCCACCACCUCCAACACCACUGAUGACUCCACUGAGGAGAGAGACACGCAGGUUACUCCGGAUCUGCUGAAAGGGUGGGAGGAGCUCCUUCCACAACCGAACGCAGAAACCACCAAACAGAUACUGUACACAUACCUCAAGGAUGGGACUACUGACAAUGAUUCCACCACUCAAAAGAAGGUCAACUUGGUGUUUGACAGAAUCGACCAGCUGAAGUGGAAGACUGCAGAGAAAGUGGAGGCAGAGAACAAAGACUUUGCUGCGGAGGCCAAGGCACUUCAGGAGAAAGGCGAAACGCUGGAGAGACAAGUGUCAGAGUUGAAGAAACAACUGGAGGAUGAAACGCUGAAUGAGAAGAGUCUAGCAGACGCGUGUAUGAAGGCCAAGGAGAACGUGAAGGGCUUGCAGGAGGAACUGGAGACGAGGCAGCAUGAGCUGUCGAAACUCAGGGACCGACUGGCUGAAAUGGAGACGGAACUUCAGACAACCAAACAUGAGCUUGUGCAGUUGAAGGCAGAGAGAGAUAAGUCCAGGAUGGAGAUGAAAGACCUGCAGCAGCAGCUGUCUGAGAUGCACGACGAGCUGGACCAAGCCAAGAAGUCCGAGGCUGACAGGAUCGAAGACGAAGUUCUUCUGAAGGACAUGGCACAGCUGCGUUUGGAGUUCCAGGAGGUCCUGCAGGAGCAGGAGGAGCAGGAGGAGGUGCUACGCUGGAGGGAGAGGGAGCUGACCGCCCUCAAGGGGGCUCUGAAGGAGGAGGUGGAAACGCAUGACAAGGACAUGGUUUCUCUGAGGGCGGAGUAUGAGAAAGAGUUCCAGGAGCUCCGCCUGCUCGUGGAGAAAGUCAAAGAGAGUAACUGCCUGCUGGGCCGGGAGAAGGCUCGGGUGGUGGAGGAGAGCGGAGCAGCCCAAGAGCAGGUGAUGGAGAUGACCCAGGAGAGGGAGCAGCUGAGAGGACAGGUACAGGACCUGGAGAGGGAGGUGGACCACCUCAAUCACAUGAUCCAGGAGUCCAGAGCCCUGGAGAACCAGCUGGAGGAAAGGUCCAACCAGCUGAGGAAGGAGAAACGGCACGUUGAGGAAACGUUGAUGCAAGUGAGAGAAAAAGAGGAAGAGCUGUGUCAGGCUAACCACGCCCUGGCCGUACGACUCGAGUAUAUCCAGAGUGAGUUUACCCAACUCAACCAUGAACACAGAGACACGAAGGAGAAGCUGAAGGAGGAGAAGAGGCAGACGGAGGACCUGAGGAGGAGGCAGAGCGGCCUGGAGGAGGAGAGGCAGCUGCAGGACAGAUGCGUGGAACAGCUGCAGAAACAGAUGAGUGACCUGGUAGUACAGUGUGAGACAUCCACAGACAGGCUACAGGCCCAGAUCGAUGAGGCCAGGGAGACGAGCUUCAGGGAGCUGGCAGCGCUGCAGAAACAGCUACAGGAAAAGGGAGUGGAACUGGAGAAAUCCCGACAGUCGGCCAACAAACUGCAGGAAGAGCUGUGCACCCUGGAGGAGGACCUGAAGCGGUGUCGGAGGGAUCGGGACACCGCCCAGGAGACGAGCAGACAGUUGGGCCGGAGGGUGGAGGAGGUGGAGGAGAGGGGCACAGCUGCCCAGGACGAGCAGGCCAAACAGGUCAAAGUCCUGGAGGGGAGGAUCUCCCAGCUGGAGGAGGACCUGAGUGAGGAACGCACCACCGCAGACCUCCUGAUGAACAGAGUGGACAAGGGCAAAGAGCAGCUGGAGAAGAUGAGGAGUGAGUUGCUGCAGGAGAGAGCAGCCAGACAGGAUCUGGAGUGUAAUAAGAUCACCCUGGAGAGACAGAAUAAAGACCUGAAGGGCCGAGUCUCUUACCUGGAGGGUUCCCAGAAGGCCAACCAGGACGGCCUGGUCUCUAAGCUGGUGGCCCGUGUCCAGGAGCUGGAAGAGAAGCUGCAGGGAGAGGAGAGAGACAACAGUAACCUGCAACAGGCCAACCGCAAACUGGAGCGCAAGGUCAAGGAGAUGAUGAUGCAGAUGGAGGACGAGCACCUGUCUGUGCAGACGCAGAAGGACCAGCUCACCCAGAGGCUGAAGACCGCCAAGAGGCAGAUGGAUGAGGCGGAGGAGGAGAUUGAGCGGUUGGAACACGCCAAAAAGAAGCUGCAGAGAGACCUGGACGAGCAGGCAGAGAGCAGCGAGGAACUGCAGAGCCAGCUCCACGCUCUGCGCAACGAAAUGCGGUGAUCCGUCUGCGGAAGGGGAAAUCGGCCCCGCUGAUGAUGAUCGUGGAAGAUCACGUGGACGACGUAGAUGACUGCAUCUCUGACUGAACGAUGCAACUUGAACGACUGGAAAGAUGAGAAGCAGUCAUUCUGUCUCAGGUGUGAGGAGCCCUGCCUGUACAGCCUCGUGGACAACACUCACUAACUGCCUGUUUCUUGUUGUGAAUUCUUAAUGUUUUGCUUAGAGUGGCCUCUAGUGGGCAUUUCUAAACUGCAUUUCUAAACACCUAUUGAUGUACCUCCAGAGAAACCAGUGAGGAGACACUAGUGGAACAAAUGGAGCAACGUUGACAACAUGAUGAAACACAAUAAGCUUGUCGUAUUUCAAAAAUUUGAUCGUUUAAAAUACGUACUUAAUCAUGAUGGGAUGUAUUUAACUUCAGUCAGUAGAGUGAAGUGGACAUGCUGAAUAAUAAUUGUUUAAAGUCCCUAAACCUCUAAUCCAACUAUGGCUGUGUUUGCCUUUUGUAGGAAUGUCCUGUUCCAUACUGUUUGUAUGCAUGACUGCACUUUUCAUAGAGUAUCUGCAAAGCAGAAUACUGCACUGUUGACAGGAAUGCAUCUCAUAACUGUAAAACUACCUAAAUUAAAAUGUAUUUUUCAAAUUGA